AUGUCGGCCGCGGACGAUGCUCGUUCAUCCACACCGUCGUCGUCGAAGCGUCUGUCCUACGUCCCGUAUCAGCGAAAGCCCCACCAGAGGAAUGGCUCCAGCGCCUCGCAAGACGCCAUGCCGGCGAUCGCAACCGAGACGGCGCGCAAGCGUCUCUCAACAGACCUAGUUGCAUCAACAAGUAAAGCCGCCACGGAAGCGCCAUCACAAGUUGCAUCGACGCCGGCUCGCAGCUCAUCAACCACCGAGGCACGUCAGCGACCUUCUCCUACCCCGUCGACUCGCACGCCGUCCUCGUUUCGCCGGCCAGGCAUCACGUCACCACUGGCACGCGAGGUUGGGCUUGUACGACCACAUCGUGAUCUUGACGCGCCCCCUCCGCCACUUCGGGUCGCUUCGAAGCUCGGUGCGCGCCCUACUCAACCUGAAGCCUCCGAGGGUCGCAGCGAUGAUGGACCGUCCUCGAAGCUCCCGGCGCAAGGCUCGAGCUCGUCGACAGCUCGUCCGCACAUUGGCGCUGCUCAACAAGGUUUCAAUCAGGAGCCACCAUCUGUCAAGGUCGGCGAUGCAAGGUCGGCCACAAAUGCUGGUACCGCAAAUCAAGCCCAUCGCCGUCUCCCUUCCACGUCCAGCAUCCAGGUCUCCGAUCGAAACGCAAGUUCCAGCGCCAGAACCGCCAACGGCGCCGCGCCUAUCAGUACGAGCGCCUCUUCCAGCAAGCCCGGUUCCAGCCGAUCAUCAUCCGCCGUCGCCACUCCCCAUGGCAGCCGCUCCUCCACUCCCAUCAUCGGCGCAUCGGGAAGUUCGAUCCCCUCCCACGUCAACUCGUACGCCGCGCUUCUCGCAGCUCAAUCUCGGCUCGGCCCGAUCCCCGUCCCGCAAGGCGUCGCCCUCGCCCAAGCAGCAGGUACAACCCCGGCAACUGCAUCUUCUCCCGGUGGCUUGACAGAGGCUAGUGGUAGGAGGACAGCGUACAGAUCGGGAUUCCAGCCCAAAGGCGUCGUGCGCGUCCGCACCGCCGAUUUCGCCGAGCUCAGACGCAAAGGCCGCGGCGAGGGAGAGAUGGAGGAGCAGCGCAUGGAUCGCAGGCUGGCCAAGCUCAUUGCCAUCCACUUUGCGCCUCUUGGUGGCACCGAAAAAUUCGGCUUGAGCCCUUCCAAAAAGUCGCUUGGAUCUUCGUUCAUCGACCUGGAUCUUGACGAGCUCAAGCGUGACCCAGGCAGUGUGAUCCGAAAGGGGGGCUCCGAUCUGUGGUCCUCCUUCCGCGCGCGUGGGCGUGGAGAGGACCCGGCCAUCCGUCAAGCCGAACAGAGCAUCGUCAAUUGGCAGGACGACGCAGAGGUCAAGGCGUGUCCCAUCUGCUCGACCGCUUUCAGCUUCACCGUCCGCAAGCAUCACUGUCGGCUCUGUGGCCGAGUCGUGUGUGCUUCGCCGCACCUCACCCGGCUCGCGUGGGCAGAACAGAUGGGCGCGAGCACCGGCAAGAUCCUCACGGCCGAAGAGCGCGCAAGCCUGGAGGCAAAGUGCUCGGGCAAUGUUAUCGCCGAUCCGAUCACAGGUCGCAUCGAAGACGUCAAGGAAGGCGCUCCAGCUCCGUCCAAGCUUGCGCCCAACGCGGUGCAAUCCAAAGGUGUCAGGAUCUGCCGCGAUUGCAAGACCAUCGUUCGCAAACGACAGUACAUGAUGGACGACGAGCCGCUGCCGGUCUUUCUCAAGCUGUACGAGGCGCUGAUGCGUGUGCAGAAGGAGAUCGAGCAGUCGCUGCCAGAGUUCCAAGAGAUGGUGCUCGGCUUGCAGAAGCAGGACCAGACGGCCGCUCUGGGCUCGAGCAUCCGCGCCAACAUUGAGCUGCAGCGCGACGCCGUGCAGGCGCGCAAGCAGCUUCUGGCCAACUUUGCCACCUACGACGAGCUGGCAAAGCGCAUUCGGGCGCUGCCGGUCGGCGAUCCAUCCAAUCCUGGCGCAGCAGGCAGCUCAGCUGGAGGCGACGCAGCCCAGGAAAGGAUCCAGCAGGCCAUCUUCACGCGCGCCAACCUGUUCCUGCAGCAAAACAUGCUUCCGCUGCAGAGCCUGCCCAAACCUGGCAGCAAGAAGACGAACCAGAGCGACGCUGGCUCCGACUCGACCGGGAGCACGCCCGGCUCGCCGCAGCCAGCCUCGCCGCGCCUAGCACCGCGACGGUCCCAGCACGCUAACAAAGCCUCGGUGAGCUCGUUGGCGUCCUUCCGAUCGCUGUUUGGCGGAGGCGGUGGGCCUGGCGCCCUGCGAGCUGGGGCGCAGGCGGAACUAGAUGGGCAGCUGCACGACGACGAUGGCUCAGCUGGCAACGAUGCGCUGGCGAACGCGGAUCCGGCCGAGCUGCGCGAGCAACUCAAAGUGUUGCUCGAGCAGGAGCAGCUCGUGGCAGAUUACGUGGAGAGUGCUGCCAAGGCGCGCAAGUUCGAGGACGCAAAGACGCUCAAGAAGAGCCACGACGAGCUGUGCAGGGAGAUCCUGCGCAUUCAGAGGAGGCUCGUCGUUGCCGGCCAUGGCCGCUGA